UUCAGAUUAAUUUUCUAAAUAUUAACAUAACUGCAUUUGGUGAAAUACUGAAUUGCAUGAACAACUGAAUUUUACUGACACUCGGAAAUGGCCAAAGAUGAAAUUGUUGUGAUGUACGGCUCCCAAACAGGGCAAGCGGAGACAAUCGCAGAAACAAUCCAUGAAACUGCAGAAGAGCAUGAGAUCAAGUCGACACUUUAUUGCCUUCGUAAAGCGGACGAAUGUUUCAAGAUGGUAUCAGAAGAAAAUGUUCCGGUUGUUUUCGUCUGUUCAACGACAGGUGAUGGUGAACUACCAGGUACAGCGAGAAAAUUUGUUAGAAUGAUUCAGAGAAGAACAUUAGAAAACGAUUAUUUAUCCAAGCUUCAUUACGCUCUCCUUGGUUUGGGGGAUAGCAACUAUUCUACCUUUUGUGGGGGACCAAAAACUCUCCAACGUUCUUUGAAAAAACUGGGAGCAAAAAGCUUUUAUUCCUCAGGAUUUGCUGAUGAUGGUACAGACUUGGAGAUGGUCGUGGAACCGUGGAUUGAAGGUCUUUGGCCAGCUCUCAAAUCCCAUAUCCAGACCAGGCAGAAAGAUCCCGUUAUGAAUGGACAGCAUCAAACUGAUUCAGAGAUAUCAGAUAAAAUGAAAAACAUUAAUCUAUCAACCGUGAAUAACAAUUCUUCCGAAAAUGCAGCGCUCGAAAUGGACAAAAAAUCUGAAAAUGGCAAAGUAGAGAAUGAAAGAGUUGAAAUUAUCAGUAAAGAUGAUCAUUCAUUUGAAACAGAUAAUAUUGAAAAUACAGUGCUUAAAAUGAACACUGAAUCAUCUUUAUUGGACUUGUCCGAGGUAUCCGAAGGCACUUUACCUCCAGCUAUGCUACCAUAUUUGACGGUCAAUGUCAUUGAAAACCAGGAAGUAACCCUUGACCCCUCCUGUGAAAACCAGGACAUAACCUUUGACCAUCCCAAUGAAAACCAGGAAAUCACUUUUAACCCCCCUCAAUUUCCUUCUGUGCAAUACCCUUUAGCUGCCUCGGAUAAGUUCCACUCAGUCACGGUUAAAUCUAUUAAAAAACUGACCAGUGAGGGCGCUGUUAAGACUGCGCUCUGUGUGACUUUGGGGGUUGGGGAGGAGUUCUUAUACGAGCCUGGUGACUCUUUUGGUAUUGUCGUCCCGAACCCAACGAAUGAAGUUGAUUGGUUAAUUAGAAGAUUCAAAGCUGAAUCCUUUUGUGACAAAACAAUCGAAAUAGAAAUCAACCCCCAAACGAAGAAAAAGAAUGCAAAAGUGCCAAAUUUUAUCCCUAAAAUAUGCACAAUCCGUUAUUUAUUGGAAGAAUGUCUCGAAAUUCGUUCUGUGCCAAAAAAGACUCUUUUGCGGACUUUAAUCAAUUUUACAGCUUCUGAAAGUGAGCGAAACAUCUUAACCCAGCUCUGUAGAAAAGAAUCCAUGGCCGAUUUCAUAAAGUACAUUCGAGAACCAAAUUUAAAUAUUCUUGACGUUUUAGCUGCGUUACCUUCUUGCCAUCCACCACUAGAGGUCCUUUUCGAGCAUUUACCGAGACUAAAAGCACGGUUAUAUUCUGCUGCAAGCUGUCUCAAAGCCCAUCCAGGGGAAGUUAAAUUUGUCUUUAAUGUCCUUAAUUUUGAUUCUGUUGAGGGUAGAAUGUAUCAGCGAAAAGGGCUUUGCACUGGAUAUUUAGAGUCUUUAUUUGGUACUGUGUUGGAUAGUGGUAUUUCCACCGAUUUACCUAAAUUAACAAUCUUUAAAACUAAAAACGAAAGUUUCCGUUUGUCUCCGUUAUUGGAUCCUGUUGUUAUGAUAGGCCCUGGUACUGGAGUUGCACCCUUUAUAGGGUUUUUAGAAAGUUUGAAAUUGCGAAAAACCGAAACUGGAAAAUGUCCAGAAGCUUGGUUAUUCUAUGGCUGCCGUAACAAAAAUCAGGAUUUUCUUUUUAAAAAUGAGUUGGAAUCUUUUGUUGAAAAUGGUGUUUUAUCCCACCUAGUGGUCUCGUUUUCUCGUGAUACCCCACCCAAAGAUGGCACUAAAGAUCCAAAAUAUGUGCAAGAUAAUCUGGAACUUUAUUCAAAUGAGAUUUUUGACUUAUUAUGGCGACGAGACGCAAAUUUUUACGUCUGCGGUGACGCUAAAAAUAUGGCAAAAGAUGUUCGAGAGACGCUUAUUCAGAUUCUCUCUAAAGAAAUGUCACUUGAGCACGCGGAAAAACAUCUCAAAACUCUUGUCAAAGAGGGAAGAUAUAAAGAGGAUGUGUGGACAUAGACUUGUUUAUAAUAUUGUUCUUCAAAAUUUUUUCAUUCAGCUCAUUUGGAAAAUCCUAUUUUUUUGCGACCACCAGGAACUAAUUUUGAAACACGUAUUGAAAAUUUGAAAUGUUACGAGGAAAAAGUUAUACGACCUUUGAUGGUUUAAAAUUUAAUAUUACAGAAAAAUUCAUAAAUACAGUAAAAAUUUAAUAAAAAUACCAUAGUAAAGUUUAAAAAUGGAACCGAUGUGCUUGCGUAGUACAAUAGAUUGAAUCCUGGCUUUAUUUCAGUGUUACUCAAGUUAAUGUCAAAAAUGAUUUUACCGCCUUCCCUUUGGACACCCACCUGGGUGCUUCCUCUAUUAUAUUGGAUAUAUUGAAGGUUGUGGCCCCCAGUUUGAAGAGCCCUGGUUUUUAAAACCUGACAUCAGAGAUAUGGCAUUUUUGUUGGAAUUUGGAUUUAAAUUUCAAUGGUGAUAAAAUAAGCCAAUUUCAUGAAGUUUAUUUAUCGUGCACUAGUGCAUAUGUCAUAAUUCUUAAUAUAAGUUAUUCGUCGAGCUGGAGACUAUCAAAAUCUUCAGCGCAGAACCAAAACUUUUCAACUGGAGUCUGUCAGUUUACCGUAAACUUUUCUUGACGUCACAACUUAUUUCAGUCUUCGUGUAAUAUUGGAACUUUGAAGAAAUUAUGAAUUUUAUUGAUCAAACCCAGUUUCACUUUUUAGAAUAUUGCUUUUUUAUUAUUGUUCUAGUUGUAUAUUUUCAAAUUCUUCCAUUCAUGGGUACAUGUGUACUAUAUCAAUAUUUUUCUCAGUAAAUUCAUCUCAGUUCAAUUUAUAUUUGUGCAAUUGAUAUAUUAUGGUCCGAAUUAAAUUAUAAAAAUAAUGAGAAA